AUGAGCCUUACUGAAACCACUGAAGAAUUGCCUGAUGUUGGAAAACCUGAACAACAAACAUUUGUUAAUUUCUUUAGAUCGUUAGAUCCUACAGAUGAAGGCACAAUUCGAUUAUUUGAACGUGAAGCGAAUGAAUCACCUUAUUAUACUUUUCAUGGUGAUGAUGCAAAAUAUAUAGCCGAGAAUGUAUAUAAAACAACUUCUGUUAUUCUAUAUUGGUCUGGUGAUAGCUCAACAGGUCUACCAACAACAAAAUUAACCAAUAAAGCAGCAAAAGCGUUUUUAAGAGAUGCUUUACUUAACAAGCAACUAAAGAUUGAAAUCUGGAAACAGAAUAGAUUAGAGUGGCGAUUGAUUCAUAAGGCCUCACCAGGUAAUUUGCAAUCAGUUGAAGACUUUUUAUUCUCAAGUGCGCAAUUGACUUCUGCACCUGUUGUGAUUGCUGUUAAAUAUAGUAUCUCUGGUGAAAACAAGACAGUGGGUGUUGCCUAUGCAGACACGACUACGAAUCAAUUAGGCGUAAGUCAAUUUAUUGAUAAUGAUCUUUAUUCUAAUUUAGAGUCUUUAAUUAUUCAAUUGGGUGUAAAAGAAUGCUUGCUAUUAUCUACUGGAAAAGAAACAAAAGAUUAUGAAGCAAUAAAGAUCAAAAGUCUUCUUGAUCGCUGCAAUGUUGUUACAACUGAAAGAAAAAAAAGUGAUUUUGACCCCAAAAACAUUAACCAAGAUUUAAAUCGAUUAUUGGGUGAUGAAGUCUCAGUUAAAGCACUACCUGAAUUUGAGUUGAAAGAUGCCAUGUCCUCUUGUGCUUGUGUUCUUAAAUAUUUGCAAUUGUUGGAAAAUGAAAAUAACUUUGGAAAAUAUACGUUAAGACAUCAUGAUCUAUCACAAUACAUGAGGUUAGAUGGGCCUGCUUUACAAGCCCUCAAUCUUUUACCAACAGCCCAAGAUGGACCUAAUAAAUCAACUAGUCUUUAUGGUUUAUUGAAUAAAUGUAACACAGCUCAAGGAAGUCGAUUAUUUGCUCAAUGGCUAAAGCAGCCUCUUUUAAAUAUAAACGAAAUAACUAAAAGACAAGAUAUCGUUCAAGUAUUUUUUGAUGAUACAGAGUUACGACAAUCUCUUCAAGAAGAUCAUUUAAAACAUGUACCUGAUUUACAUCGACUAUCUAAAAGAUUACAAAACAGAACUAGUAAUUUACAAGACGUUAUUCGUAUCUAUCAAAUGGUGAUUCGUUUACCGGCUCUUUUACAGUGCUUGGAAGCUAGACCAUGUCCUGAUCCUAAAAUGGCUACCUUAAUUGAAGAAACAUAUACAUCAAAGAUUAAAGAAUAUGCAAGUCAUUUACAAAAAUUGGAAGAAUUAGUAGUAACAUCCAUUGAUUUAGAGGCAUUAGAAAAUCAUGAAUAUAUUAUCAAGGCAGAAUUCAAUGAAGAUCUACUUGCAUUACAAGCUGAAAUGCAAUCGAUCAGUAAUCAAAUGAAUAACGAAUAUGUAAGAGUAUGUGACAAGCUAAAUUUAGAAAUGGAUAAAAAAUUGAGAUUAGAGAAACACAGUUUAUACGGUCAUUGUUUCCGUAUUAUUGGUCGUAGUGAAUCAUCUAGAUUACGUAAUAAAGCUGAAUAUAUAGAAUUGGCAACUCAAAAGGCAGGCACAUUUUUCACAACAGCUAAGCUUAAAGGUUUAAGUGAUAGACAUAAAGAUUUAUCAUUUCAAUAUGAUGAUAAGCAAAGACAAUUUGUUAAAGAAAUUAUAGAUAUUGUUGCAACAUAUUGUCCUGUAUUGGAAUCUCUUAGUGCAGUCCUUGCUCAUAUGGAUGUAUUGAUUAGUUUUGCCCAUGUAUCAGUUAUGGCACCUAUACCUUACAUCAGGCCUACCAUGUAUCCAUGUGGGCAAGGUAACGUAAUAUUAGAAGAAGCACGUCAUCCUUGUUUAGAAGUUCAGGAUUAUGUAGCAUUUAUUCCUAAUAAUGUUGAAAUGUUAAGAAAUUCAUCUGAAUUUCAAGUCGUUACUGGACCUAAUAUGGGUGGUAAAUCAACUUAUAUUCGUCAAGUAGGAGUGAUUGCAUUAAUGGCUCAAAUUGGAUGUUUUGUUCCCUGUACAAGUGCAAGCUUAUGUAUAUUUGACUCUAUCAUGGCACGUGUAGGUGCAGGUGAUAGUCAACUGAAAGGUGUAUCUACUUUUAUGGCAGAAAUGCUGGAGACGAGUACUAUUUUGAAAGCAGCUUCACGUAAUUCAUUAGUUAUCAUUGAUGAAUUAGGUAGAGGCACGAGCACAUACGAUGGUCUUGGUUUAGCUUGGGCUAUUUCAGAAUACAUUGCAACAAAGAUACGCGCCUUUUGCUUAUUUGCAACUCAUUUUCAUGAAUUGACAACAUUGAAUGAAACUGUUCCUCAUGUCAAAAAUCUUCAUGUUACUGUUCAUAUAGGUGAUGAUCAUGAAGUCACUUUAUUAUAUAAAGUGAAUGAAGGUGUAGGAGAUCGCAGUUUCGGUAUUCAUGUAGCAGAAUUAGCGAAUUUCCCACCAUCAGUUAUAAAUCUUGCCAAGCGUAAAGCGAAUGAAUUAGACGAAGAAGCUGAUUUCUUUAAUAGUAGGUUUAAUAAGCAAAACAAGAUUGAGCCACAACAAGAUGGUAAUGAACUUAUAAAAAACAUGACAAAAGAAUUGGCAAUUGCAAAUCAAAAUGAAGACAAAGAUACAUUAGAAGAAAAGAUUCAGUCCAUUAAAGAAAAAUAUUCAGAUGCUAUAGAACAAAAUUUAUAUUUAAAACAAAUCUUAGAAACAGAUAAUCCAUCUAAUUGUGAUGACAAGAUGGAAGAAUAA